AUGUCCCCAGAGGCCCUACUAUUUGCCCUACCAGGUAUGUCACGCUUAGAAGCUCUCCCAGGAGUGUCGGUGCCCCCAGGGGUUCUGCCAAGGGUGGCAGCGCACCCAGGGUCCCUGCCAGGGAUGGUGGGCCACACAGGGGCUUUACCAGGCGCGAUGGCGCCCACAGGGUCUCUCCUAGGGGCACCGGUGCCCCCAGGGGACCUCUCAGGUUCGUCACCCUUAGGGGCUAUCCCAAGGGUGUCGGUGCCCCCAGGGGCCAUGCCAAGGGUGUCGACACACCAAGGGGCCCUUCCAGGGGCGGUGGCGCACCCAGGGACUUUCCCAGGUGCGGUGGCACCCACAGGGGCUCUCCUAGAGGCAACGCUGCUCCCAUGGGACCUCUCAGGUGUGGUAGCGCCCCCAGGGGUCGACCAAGGAAAAACGUCGCUCCCAGGAGCCUGUCUAGGGGUAACGUCGCCCCAAGGGGCUCUUCUUAGGAGAAACGAUGCCCUCAGGGGCUCUCCUCAGGGUUCGUCACCCUUAUGGGCUAUCCCAAGGGUGUCGGUGCCCCCAGGGGCCCUGCCAACGGUGGCGGCACACGCAUGGGCCCUGCCAGGGGUGGUGGCGCAAUUAGGGGCUUUACCAGGUGCGGUGGCGCCCACAGGGUCUCUCCUAGGGGCACCGGUGCCCCCAGGGGACCUCUCAGUUGUAGUGGCGCCCCCAAGGGCCCGCCAAGGGGGAACGUCAACCCCAGGGGACCGCCAAGGGGUAACGUCGCCCCCAGGGGCCCGCCAAUGGGUAACAUCGCCCCAAGGGGCUCUUCUUAGGGGAAGCGAUGCCCCCAGGGGCUCUCCUCAGGGUCAGCGGUGCCCCCAGGUGAUCUUCCAGAAGCAGUGGCACUCCAAGGGGCAGCUAGACCCUGAGGAGCCCUCUCAGGGGCCCUACCAGAGUAGCCCUCUGCCAAGAGACCUAUAG